CACAGGGAAAUGGUACCCUUCUACAAUGUAGAUGAUUUAUUGAUAGCAACUGAGACAGAAGAAGAGUGCAUUAAAUGGACUAUUUCCCUGCUAAACUUCUUGGGUUUAAGUGGAUAUCGAGUCUCUCUACAGAAGGCACAAUUGGUACAGGAAAAGGUGAUAUACCUGAGAUAUGAAAUCUCCAGAGGACAACGAUCCCUAGGAACAGCGAGAAAAGAAGCCAUUUGCCAAAUGCCCAGACCAGAGAUGGUGAGAGAUCUACGUGCCUUUCUAGGAAUGACAAUCUCAUUUCUAGAAGGAAGAAUCCCGGCGGAACCCAUUGAACAUGAUUGCCUGGAAACGAUCGAAGCAGUUUAUUCCAGUCGCCCUGAUCUCAAGGAGGAGCCGUUUGAAGAUGCGGACAACUGGUUCUCGGAUGGCAGCAGCUUUGUGAGGCAAGGAGUAAGGAUGGCAGGCUAUGCAGUAACCACAACGGAGGAGGUAAUCGAAUCAAAUCCUUUACCUGCAGGGACUUCAGCCCAGAAGGCAGAACUAAUAGCUCUUACCCGAGCCCUGGAAUUAGCAGAAGGCAUGCGAGUUAACAUCUGGACUGAUUCUAAAUAUGCCUUCUCUGUAGUACAUGCUCAUGGAGCAAUCUCGAAAGAAAGGGGACUACUAACUGCCCAAAGGAAAACAGUCAAACAUGCAGAAGAAAUCCUAAGAUUGCUAGAAGAGGUCCAACUCCCAGAACAAGUGGCCAUAAUGCAUUGUAGGGGACACCUGAAAG